AUGCCCAACUCUGUGACCAACAUGCCCAGAAAUGUGCCCAUCAGGCCCAACUCUGUGACCAGCAUGCCCAACUCUGUGCCCACCAUGCCCAACUAUAUGCCCACCAUGACCAGCUCUGUGUUCAACAUGCCCAGGAAUGUGCCCACCAUGCCCAACUCUGUGCCCACCAUGCCCAGCUCUGUGUUCAACAUGCCCAGAAAUGUGCCCAACAUGCCCAACUCUGUGCCCAUCAUGCCCAACUCUGUGCCCAUAUCCAAAAUGUACCCAUCAUGCCCAACUCUGUGCCCAACAUGCCCAACUCUGUGCUCAUCGUGCCCAAGGCUGAAAGGAAACCUUUUUUUUUUAAUUGUUGAAUAG